AUGAUCUCUGAUGUGAUCUCUGGUGGAUGGGGUGACUCGACAAGGCCUAGGAGUCCUUCUCCCGGUCGCGGUGGUCGAUUUGAUGACGGGGGUAGACGAUCACCACCCCCUUUUAACGAUCGCUGGUCUUCUGCUCAUCCCGAUCGUUCCAACAAUGGUCAAGCUCCUUAUCGAAAUCGCUCACCCGACUUUGGUCGAAAACGUCGGCGCGACGAAUCACCACCAAACAGUCGAGAUCGAUACAUACCUAAUUAUGAACAUCGCGUAGGCCAUGGCCCUCGAUAUGGACCUGGUCCCGACGUUUUCGAUGAUAUGUAUCGGAAUAGCAGUGGCGGUGGCGGUGGACAUUGGGACGACCGUUACAGUAACUCUCCCGCCAAUGAUCGCUCCAUGGGUGGAGCACGUCCCUCGCGCUCGAACAUGCCACCACCUUCAGAGCUUCCCCACCUGGUCACUUUUCGUUACUUUGCCGAAUUUAUGCGAGCUACCUCCCCUCAUAUUGCUGACGAUAAAGACAAGCUAGCUGAACAGUGGAGGAGAUACCGGCAAGAUCACAGUCAAAAGCAACUUGUGACAUUUUUUGAAGGAAACAAAACUCAGCCAUGGUUCAGGGAAAAAUAUCAACCGGGUCCCGAAUUUGAGGAGCUCCGGGCACGUCUGAAGAAGAAGGGCCGAGAAGGUCGAGUAGCCAAGUUUGUUGAAGGUCUACAGAAGGGCGACUUUGACAUCGUGAAUUAUGACUAUCUCCCGAUGAGUAAGAAGUUUUCCACUUCCAAGCCUUCAGGUGCCGAGGUCGACGUGAACGCUACCAGCGGUGGAUCCGCUACUAAGCCUGAAUCCUCCGACUCACCCUCCCUCAACACUCCCGCCUUGGUUGACGGCGCUACAGAAGACAACAAACCCGAUGCCAGUGGCUCUCAGAGUUUAGAAGAGAAACCACCUGUGGCAAAGUUGGAGGAUAAUGACAUCAGCAAGGACGACCAUACCAUCCAUCUUGAGUCGAACGAAAUGGAAGAUCAUGACGAUCCCGAUUUUGAUUAUAGUACCAACAUGGCGGACAUGUUAGGACCGAGCAACGGCUUGCCAGCUUCUAGCAGUGCACUUGGCAAUUUGAUUGGUGAAAGUAUGAGAGGCAAAGGUGGUUCGGAUGACAUUGUGGUCCUGCCCCCGUCUGCAAAUCAAUUAUUUAUCAAAAGUAUCAGUCCUGACAUUUCACGAGAGGAACUAGAGAAUCAUUGUAAACAAGCAGAAGGAUUCGAGUAUCUCGCACUUUCUGAUCCACAUACUGGAAAGAAACUCCAUCGUGUGGGGUGGGUUGCCUUCGUGCCUGGGACUGACAUGAAAGCAGCAGAAGACAAACUGAGCGAGUCGAAAAUCAACAACUUUACGCUUCACAUGAUGCGCGCUGAGCGCCCUGCGUACCAGAAGUUGCGAGUUACACCAGGAAUCAUGAAUACACCUUCACGAAUCAAGAAAGAUUUAUCACAAGCCCGUAAAUUGGCUGCUUUAUUCGAACAAGACUAUUAUACCACGGGGGCUGGUAAUGAGGACGAAAAGCGAGGAAGUACAGCGAUCGAAGAACGAAUACUAUCAAUCUUUGAGCACGCUGAGGUAGAGGAAGCCAACGCCGAUGUCAAGAAACCCGAUCAAUCCGAUGUAAAACCCUCCGUCGAUGGCGGUGAUCCAACUGUUGAAGCAACAGGAAUUCCAGUCCCUCACUCUCCUGAUCCAAAACAAAUCCCAGCCGAUGAGCAAGAAAGUUUGAAGAUGGAGAAGAAAACCUUGGAUCUAUACCUCUAUUAUCUGAGAACAGUUUUCAACUCCUGUUACUACUGUGCUUGUGUUUGUGACUUUCAAGAAGAACUGUUGAGGAGAUGUGCCAAGCAUGUUAGAAAACCUCCGCCUGCACGAACCGAGUCGGCAGUACCUUCAUCGGGCCACAAGCGGACCGCGAAUCCGGCUCCCAAGGCCAAUGAAAGCAGCUGGGCACGUACGUUGGAUGAUCGGCUUCAGUUACUCCUUGAUGCUUCCGAAGUUAAUCCCAGAGACUUUGGAGGCGAGAGAAUAGACGAGUUUAGUGAUAUGUUUAUCGAAGGUUGUGAUCGUGAAAUUCAUCGGUUGUGUCAGCCUCAAAUCACAGACGAAGGUGCUGGGAAGUUCAGGUGUAAGAACUGUAGUAAACUGUUCAAAGCGAUGAACUUUAUCGAAAAGCAUAUUAUGUCAAAACAUGGCGAAGUAAUCAACCAAGACUCUAUUGAAAGGAUCAAAUAUUUGAAUAAUUACAUACUCGAUCCUUCGCAUACUACUCCUCAACCCCCAACGCCUCCUGAACACUCACAAAACAGAUCGCACAAUAAUAACGGCAUGGGAGGGCAAGGUGCGGGUAAUAACGGUGGACCGAAUGGGAUGAUGAAUAUGGGUGGCGGUGGAGGUGGACCAGCGGAUUUUCACGCGAUGGCAGCUGGUGGUGGAGGCAAUGGAUAUGGACCUAUGGUGGGUGGACCGAUGAUGGGACCCCCAGGAGCGAUGGGAGCGAUGGGAGGACCCUAUGGGGGAUACCCUCAAGCCAUGUUCAAUCCAUAUGGAAACUAUCCAGGUAUGCAACCUGCAAUGUUUGCAUCAGGAUCGAUGAUGGGACCAGGUGGACCGUAUUACAUGAAUGCUGGAUACCCGUAUGCUCAACCUGUUUAUCCAGCUAUGCCACAUCAACAACAAAUGAUGCAAACUCGAAUGGGAUCAGGAGGAAAUCAGUCUAGAAGAUUAGGUGAAAGGAUUUCAAAACAUUUUGCUUCGGAUGGAAUCGGAGAAGAUGGAACACCCAAUAAGAGAAGUAAAAAAGAAAAUGGUGGAAAUGAACCGGUGAUGAUCGCUUCUGAUCCUAGAUCAAAGACUGUAUUGGCUUAUAAUGAUUUAGAUGUGAUGGCUGGUGAAGAGAUUGUAUUGAAUUAUUAA